AUGAGGGCUACUGAGUCGAGGCUUGACUACGAGGUACUUGUUGCGCCGGACAACAGGACGUAUUACUACAACAAGAAAACAAGGAUGAGCAGCUUCACAAAGCCGGAUGUGCUGAAGGGCUCUGAUGAGGAGUUUGAGGUUGAUCCAUGGAUUGAGUGUAAAAGCAGGCGAGGAAAGACUUUCUAUCACAACACCAUUACCGGGGAGAGUAGAUGGAAGAGGCCAUUUGAAAGAAAGGAAGGAAAAAGAAUGAUAAGGGGGAUAGGAAUAAGGAUGAAGAUAACAGACAAAGAGACAUCGAGAUACCUGCUGAACAGACUCCUGGAGCAAUAUGAUGUGGAAAGCAUGAAAGAUGCAUUCUAUAAGCUGUCUACGGAGCCUAUAUUCAGAGCAGUGGAAGCAGGUGAGAGAGAGCUUCUGAUGAGAAGAUAUUUCGAAGAUAAGGAGAGAAGUGCCAAAGAAGAGGAGGUUAGAGAGCAGAAGUACUAUGUGGACGAGGUUUGCAAAGUUGAUGUCGGUGUUUCUGACUUCUUUGGGUUCAACAAUGUGUUUUCGAAGCAUCCAUACUAUUCGAGGAUUGAAGACAAGUUCGCGUGCUAUGAAACAUAUGUUGAAAGGCACGUGGGAAGCACUACCUCACGAAAGCUUGAAAAAGUGUUUGAAGACCUGGGUGUCAGCCUUCAAACCUCUGUAGAAGACGUUAUUAAGAUGAAGGAGCUGGAGGGGUUUGACAGAAAGGCCAUCCUGUUCUCAUUUAUCCGAUACUUCCGCAGGCUAGAGUCUGAGUUCCUUUCAGACAUGAAAAAAAGGAAAAUGGAGAUUCUUCAAAGUGCCAGCCAUCACAAAGAAGAGUUUAAGAAGCUCCUGUCAAGAAUGUACAGCGAAGGAUCGAUAUACUACAAAAUGAAGUUCAAGAAUGCAUUCCAUUUAUUCAAGGACUCAGAGCCGUUUUUGAACCUUCUGGGAGGCAUCGAGAGUCCCAAGGAGAUAUACUUCGAUUUUAUCAAUGACUUAGAGAAUAGGUUGAGGGGACACGAAAGAGAAAGGGGGAAGGGGAUCAGUGGGAUAGAUAGGAGAGCGAUAGAUAAAUACUUCGAAACGAUCGACGAGGAAAAAGAGGAGGGGGAGAUAUAG